UUGCGGGCCGCUGACAGCCGGCGAGCCUGUGAAAGUGUAGAGUGUCUCGGGUCCAGGAGGAGAGAGACCAUGUCCGCCGUCACGGUGCAGCUGUCCUCACCUCCGCUCCCGUUCCACACUCGUUCUCCAUGAAAGAACAGUAGCGCGCGGCCUCCAGGAUGGCCAGCUCGGGUGCUGUUCAGGUGAAACUAGAACUCGGUCACCGUGCCCAAGUCAGAAAGAAACCCACAGUGGAAGGCUUCACCCACGACUGGAUGGUGUUUGUCCGAGGACCGGAGCACAGCAACAUCCAGCACUUUGUGGAGAAAGUGGUUUUUCACCUGCACGAAAGCUUCCCCAAACCAAAAAGAGUGUGCAAGGAUCCACCGUACAAAGUGGAGGAGUCUGGAUACGCGGGCUUCAUUCUGCCCAUUGAAGUUUACUUCAAAAACAAGAACCGAAGAAAGUCCGCUUCGACUACGACCUGUUCCUCCACCUGGACGGCCACCCGCCUGUCAAUCAUCUCCGUUGCGAGAAGCUCACCUUCAACAACCCAACGGAGGAGUUUCGUAGGAAGCUGCUUAAAGCCGGAGGGCAACGGGAUCCUCACAAACGAAGUUCAGAAGACUCAAAAGCAGGUGAUGGUAAUGCAGGAGGGCUCAACUUCACUGUUCGGUCAGCACCUGAAGCUGCCUACGCUUCCUAACAGCUCGCUGACAUCCACCUUCUCAGACCCAAAGAAGAGUAAAAGCUUCCUCGGGUCAAAGGAUGGUUCCAAAGGCAGUGGAGCUACCCUACUUACCACCGCCACAACCACCAGCACCAACAGCAGUAGCUUCUCCAAACUCUACAAACCCUCCAAGGACCACAAAGACAAGCCUCCUAAAGACUUAAAAGAGCCCAAAAGUGCCUUCAGAGACUCUGGCUGGGAACCCAGCAAAGCCCCCAAAGAACCUUCCAGGAAACCCAAAGAGAACCAGCCACUUCGGGAUAUCAAUCCUAAGAUAGGCUUCAAGGAACCCAAGUCUUUGUCAAAGGAGCAUCGGACUGAGGGUAUCACCCAUGGGUCAGGGAUAAACAAGCGUCUGUCCGCACCUGACGGUGACGAUCAUGUGGCCAAAAAACGUAAAAAGGGAUUUGUGGAUUCAUCGGGGAUGCAGCUUUCAGGUUUAGACGUUCAACAUUCAGAUAGGAAACUACUGAAGGAUAGAUCACUAAUGCGAACAAGUAAAUUACGGCCAGAAGUUGAGGCUGAGCGCAAGAAGGUGUCAACGCUUCCUCCAUUCCAGCAACUAGUGGACCCCAAUGACUCUGAUAUGGAGGACCAGUCCAACAAAUCAGAUUCCGAACAGCCCAGUCCAGCCAGUUCCAGCUCCAGUUCAGGCUUUGCUCCCACCCACCACAAACGACAAGUGGUGGACUUAAUCAUCAGGAAAAGGGUGGCUAUUCCUGCCACCACCCACACAGUGUUGGGCCCGCUGCAGUCAGUGAUGCAGGAUCUGCACUCGGACGACAACGACGAGGAUUCAGAGGAGGACGAUGACAAUGACAUGGACUCGGACAUGGAGCGAUUGGCACACACGCACCUCACACACCACCAGCGCAGGGUCAGUUUAAGUGAUGGCAGUGAGAGUGACAGCUGCUCGCCCUCACCCCCCUCCCGCAUCGAGGCCCCGCCCUUACUGAAGACUACUAAUAACCAGAUCCUGGAAGUGAAGAGUCCCAACAAGCAGGGCAAACAGGACAAGAACAAAAACCUUGACUGUGACAAGGCUUACCUGGAUGAGCUGGUGGAGCUGCACAAAAGACUGAUGACACUAAGAGAGGGUCACAUACUGCAACAGAUUGUGAACCUGAUUGAAGAGACUGGACACUUUCACAUCACAAACACUACUUUUGACUUCGACCUUUGCUCUUUGGACAGAAGUACAGUAAGGAAACUCCAGAGUUACCUGGAGACCUCCGGACUGUCCUGAGGCCCCCGAGCAGCUGGCUGCUGGAUCUCUGUCUCCACAUAGACUUCUGACUUCCCUUGAAUGAACUCUUUCGAUGCAAUGCAAAAGCCCCACUGUGGCCGGGUCCAGUUGCUGUGUGUGUCCAUCCUGCUGGUUGGACUGGGCUCUCUGAAUGCAGAGGUCGUCCCGCUGCAGAAAACCAGAUCGAGGUGUGGCGGGGAUGAGCCCUGUCGAUCAGGAGAUCACCCAGAAAGCCUUGAAAACUUGAUCUCGAAGAAAAAUGAAGUGGGGAGUGGUGACCGUGUUCUCUUAAUGAAUGUGCAUAUUGUUACCAUGUAUGUUUCUUGAUUUGUUGUACAUUGUGACAAACGCAUGGUCAACAUUGCCUUACAAAAUUGUAAGUCUUAUUUAUUGAAUUUAAUUUGCAGGCGUGUGUGUAUUUGAAAUGGCAAAAAAAAAAAAAAAGAAAAGCAGCAGAAUGAGACUUUGUUAAAGCACUUCACAGUUGACUCAUCCUUGAUUCUGUGUGACAGUCGAGCAUCACUACAAUAAUGUCACUGACUUCGAUUUUAAAUUUUUAUAGAAACCAAAAACUGCCACAACAGCUGUCGAUGUGAUUUGUUUUCCUCUUGAUAAAAAAAAACAGAAUCAA